GCCGACAACAUGAGUCAAACAUGGACUCCACGGGGCUGGUGCUGGUUAGCAGAUAAGAAGAAUGGUUGGUGGUUAUGUAAGGAAAAGUAAGGCAAAAGGCAGCUCAAAUGUCAGCUAUAGUGUAACAUGUGCAACAUGUGAUGAGGUUAACAUUUUGUCACACAGAGAAGUGGGUGGAUUAACCCUUCCCCUUUUACACAGUUCCCACCUAUAUCGAGUGCAUGACGUGCACAGGACUAGCAUUACAGCAACACUGCUCUCACACAUGUUCAGUCAGAGUCAGGGGAGAGCAGUCAAACAGCAGCUGCGGUUUUACAGCUCAGCCAACAUGUCGGUGAACCUGGAAGGCAACAUUUUUGUGACUGGCACCAACAGAGGCAUCGGUUUGGAACUGGUCAAACAACUGGCAGAGAAGACGGGAAAGGAGGCUCACAUCUAUGCCUGCUGCAGAGAGCCCGAGGGCACCAGCGCUGAGGCCCUGAGGGGGCUGGCCACUCAAUAUCCUGGAAAGAUCACCAUAAUCAGACUGGACAUGUCGGAUGAGGACAGUAUCUUAACCGCUGUCCAGGCAGUGAGCGAGCAGAUCCAGACUGCUGGGUUGAACCUCCUCAUCAACAAUGCUGCUAUUAAUAAACCGGACUCACUGGCACAGCUAUCUGCCACGGGGAAAAAGGACAUGAUGGAGGUGUACGAAACCAAUGUGGCGGGACCUUUUCUCCUCGCAAAGCUGUUCCAUACACUCCUCCAGACGGCAGCAGAGGGGCACACGUCUGAGGGUGAUAAAAUGUCCUGCAGGAGGGCAGCCAUUAUUAACAUCUCCACCAUCAUCUCAUCCAUUGAGAAAUGUCCAGAGACCUUCGCUCAGGCAAAGAUGUACCCUUACAGGACCAGCAAGGCAGCGCUAAACAUGCUGACUCGCUGUCAAGCUGAGGAUUUCAAGAUCCAGAACAUACUUGUGACAGCCAUCCACCCUGGCUGGGUGCGCACUGAUAUGGGAGGAGAACAGGCUCCUCUGAUCACCCAGGACAGUGUACAUGGCAUGCUCAAUGUGAUAUCAUCACUCAGCAAUAAAGAUAGUGGGAUGCUUCUGGACUGGCAGGGUGAAAAAAUCCCCUGGUAGGAGUUAUGACUACCACUAUACCAGUGGCCAAUCAGCCUGAUGAUUUCAGCAUAUAAAUAAACAAAGCAAAUUGAA